AUGCGGAGGACACAGACAGGGCCACCCACUUUUGCGCUCUCCUGGACCUGUCAACGCAUCCUAUCGAACAGAUCCGGCCGCAGCAGAGUGUGUGGCGGCGGCGUCUUCAAGGUCCUGCCAUUUUGUUCUAUGAUAACGGCGGCUUUCGCGAUAAAGAUUGGAAGAGUUUGCAGCAGAUCUACAACAGCUCAAAGAAACACAGCCCCAGUGAGGUGGGCAAGUACGGCAUGGGAUCCAGGAGUUUCUUCCACAUUGGUGACAUCCUCCAGAUUGUUUCGGGCAGCAAGUAUGCCAUUCUGGAUCCAGACGAGCGGCUCUCCGAAAACGGUGAGUAUGGAGAAAAGUUGGACUUUCUCGCGGACACUUUCGACGGUCAGCGUUUUGUGGACGCCUUCCCAGACGAGUGCUCUCCCUUCCAUGGCCUCGGCCACACCAUGCAAGAAGCCUUGA